AUGAAUGGAUGCCCUCAAUUUCCUUCCAAGAGCGUUGACUGAACUGGCCUAAAGAUGGAAGCUUGACAAUUGGCUAACAGAGCAUGACUCGCACUUUGCAUGGCCUGGAGAGUUAAUGCAUCCUCUCAUCUGUUGUUGGCUUAUAUAAUCCCUCCACUGGACUCUUACUUAGCCACAGCCAAAUCUUUUCCUUAUCGAUUCCCAUUCCUUUCGUCUCCUUCUCGCGUCGCCAUGGGCCGUAAGAAGUUGACGGUGAAGAGGAUCGAUAACCCUGCCGGUCAGCUAGUAACCUAUAGGAAGCGCAAGGAUGGGAUUGUCAAGAAGGUCGCCGAGUUAUCAGGGUUGUGUGGCACGGAUGUCGGCCUGAUAAUGUUUUCUCCGAAUGGUCGAAUGACUAGCUGUGCCGGCAGCAGCAGUGUCGAGAAUGUCUUUCUACGAUAUCUCAACCUGCCCGAUGUGUUGCGAGGAGGGUCGGUCGAAAACCAAGAGGUUUUGCGUCAAGGCCUCAAACAUGUGAAGUGUGAAGCACAAAUGCUCGAAGCCAUGACGAAAAUGCAGGCUCUCGAGGAAGAACUCAAAGUGCUUAAUCGGCAACAAGCUGAAGCACAGGAAAAUAUCAGAUCUUACCAUCCAGAGCUGGAAGAAAUAAGAUCGGUUCGAGAAGCUGAAGUGCACAUAAGGUUCCUUAACGAUGCUAUCAGGCGUAUACAACAUCUGAAACAAGCAAAAUUGUCAAUGAACGAGCUUCUGCCUCAAGAAUCUGCCAGUUUUGAGGUACCAGCUGCAUCAGUCUGGGAUUCAAAUCGGGCAACUAACAAUUCUGCAUAUUCUAUCCAGAAGAGGGACCGUUCCGAUGACGAGCAUCGAGGUGAAGCGGCACAGCACAUGAGCAUUGGCCACUUGAAGCCGCAAGCUGAGUGGAACAUUUCAAAGGGUGCCUCGACUCGAGGACCGAACCUUCAGUUUGCUCUCCAAGGAAAUCGAGGAAAGGGUACCGAAUGCUAAAUAAAGUCGAUUAAGUCUAUCGGCCUCGGUCGUUCUCGAGUUCAAUGAAAACAUUUUCCCGGUCAAGGAUUUGAUGAUG